UAGGGUCAAGUUGGUUAUGGUGGUACGUAUAGAGAUUAUCAGAAUGGCGGUGGUUGGCGUUGUUCGCGUACCUGUCAGCGGUGGCGUGGUUGACUUUCAUGGUGUUUCGGGUCGUGGUGUUGACAGCAGCGGUCGUGGCUUGAAGCUUUUUGGCUGGAAGGAAGCACAUGCUUGGCAGCGUGUUUUGGAGUGGUGGGGUGCCGGAGCUGUGAUUGGUGGAUCGUACAGUGGCGACUGGCUAGGAUUCUCUACUAAAUGGAGGGUCAGGCAGAAGGGCUGCUGGGAUUGCGACCUGGUGGCGUGGGCCGCGGGGGUCGGUUGCCAUGGUGGUGCCUUAUCUGCACGGUGGCAGGAGCAAUUGCACCUAAGGUUUCUUGGUUGGGCCUAUUCCUUUUGCACACAGGCUUGGGUUUGUAUGUGGGCCUACGUUUUUGGGUUCCAUUUUUUAAUUUUAAUUGUUUUUUUCUGUUAGAAACUUAGA